GCUUGGCCCCGCCCACCGAGACACACUGCUCUCUCUUACGUCCGCAGAUCAGACGUAAAUACAGCCGUUUGAGGACCGUUGAGUCAUUCGUUUCGACGAUCUCAACCUACAAUGUCCGGAAGAGGAAAAGGCGGGAAAGGGCUCGGUAAAGGAGGCGCUAAGCGGCACCGGAAGGUUCUCCGUGAUAACAUCCAGGGCAUCACCAAGCCCGCCAUCCGCCGUCUGGCUCGCCGCGGCGGCGUGAAGCGGAUCUCCGGUCUGAUCUACGAGGAGACCCGCGGCGUGCUCAAGGUCUUCCUCGAGAACGUCAUCCGUGACGCAGUGACGUACACCGAGCACGCCAAGAGGAAGACGGUGACCGCCAUGGAUGUGGUCUACGCUCUGAAGAGGCAGGGCCGCACCCUGUACGGCUUCGGAGGAUAAACUCUAAACCGGACCCGGACCCGGACCUGGUCCUGGUC